AAUGGGGCAACAACAGUCAGGUUUCGGUGGAAGAGGAAAUGACCGCGGUGCCGGAGAUGGAGAGAAGAAGGAAAAGAAGAAAUAUGAGGCACCGAUUCCAUCUAGGAUUGGAAAGAAGAAGAAGGGGUCUAAGGGACCUGACGCCGCUAGCAAACUUCCAGCUGUCACACCACAUGCCAGAUGCCGUCUGAAGUUGCUGAAGAGCGAAAGAAUCAAGGAUUAUUUGUUGAUGGAGCAAGAAUUCAUUCAAAACCAGGAGCGUUUGAAGCCACAAGAGGAGAGACAAGAAGAAGAGCGCGCCAAGGUGGACGAGCUCCGUGGAACACCAAUGGCAGUCGGAUCACUUGAGGAAAUUAUCGAUGAUCAGCACGCCAUUGUUUCAACUAACGUCGGAAGUGAGCAUUACGUCAACAUCAUGUCAUUCGUCGACAAGGAACAACUCGAGCCGGGAUGUUCAGUCCUUCUCAACCACAAGAAUCACGCCGUCAUCGGAGUUCUCUCCGAUGAUACAGAUCCUAUGGUGUCUGUCAUGAAGCUCGAAAAAGCACCACAAGAAACGUAUGCCGAUGUUGGUGGUCUUGAUCAGCAAAUUCAAGAAAUUAAAGAAGCAGUUGAGCUUCCACUGACUCAUCCUGAAUACUACGAAGAGAUGGGAAUCCGGCCUCCAAAGGGAGUUAUUCUAUACGGUUGUCCUGGUACUGGAAAAACGCUACUUGCCAAGGCUGUUGCUAAUCAGACGUCAGCUACUUUCCUUCGUAUUGUUGGUUCGGAACUUAUUCAGAAAUACCUCGGAGAUGGUCCAAAGAUGGUCCGUGAGCUCUUCCGCGUUGCUGAGGAGAAUGCACCAUCAAUUGUGUUCAUUGAUGAAAUUGAUGCUGUUGGAACAAAACGUUACGAUUCGAACUCUGGUGGAGAACGUGAAAUUCAGCGGACUAUGCUUGAACUUCUCAAUCAACUUGAUGGAUUCGAUUCCCGUGGAGAUGUUAAAGUUUUGAUGGCCACUAACCGCAUCGAAUCUCUCGACCCUGCUCUCAUUCGUCCAGGUCGUAUUGAUCGUAAGAUUGAAUUCCCCCUGCCAGAUGAAAAAACGAAGCGCCGUAUCUUCCAGAUCCAUACAUCUCGAAUGACACUCGGCAAAGAAGUUAACCUCGAAGAGUUCAUCACAGCAAAGGACGAGUUGAGUGGAGCUGAUAUCAAGGCUAUGUGCACAGAAGCUGGUCUCUUAGCUCUUCGCGAGCGUCGUAUGCGUGUCACGAUGGAAGAUUUCCAGAAGUCCAAAGAAAAUGUGCUCUACCGUAAGAAGGAAGGAGCUCCAGAAGAACUCUAUUUGUAAAUGUGCCCCGUUUUAUUUAUUUUUUUUGUAUUUUCUCUUUCCCAAUUUAUUUUAUUCCCUUUUUGAACGUCCCGUUGCACAAAAACCGAUUUAAUGUAAUUUUAAAUCUGGAUUGAUUGAGGUAAAUGAUUCAUGAUGAAA